AUGUUCAAUGCAGUAUAUCAGAUCUUGCAGGGAAGUGCAAGAGGAGAGGGAGCGGGCUUGGCGUCUCGGCUGCGAGGUUUCCUUCAGACGGUAGGUCUGGGAUCUACCGGAGUAGCGCUGCGGCGUUUGGACGGCUCGGUGUGCUCGAAUGCUCGUAAACGCGAGGCGUUUCUCGGAGGUGCUGGCCUUCACCCCAUGCCCUCGAAGAUCAAGGCAACGCUGAUAUGCAUCAAGGGAAAGCUGCAGAAAAAGGCGGUUCUGUGGGAAAUGAAAAAUCCAGCCCUUAGGAGUUUCUGCUCCGACGUAGCUAGACAACGAUUAGGGCUUGAUCCAACCGAGGGCCUUUUCUUAGUGAGUGUAGACGGCGCCAGCAGGAGAGGCGAAUUCGGGAACACCGUGUUUAUGCUGGAUGCGGUGCAGCAUGAGUGGAGGAACGAAGACGGCGAAGAAAGCGACAGUGGUUUGAAAGGCUGCAUAAUUUCGAAGGGCCGCAGUGUAGUCGCUGGGGCCAAUACCGUAGAGGCCACAGCCGACGACGUAGAAUAUCAAGUUAAAACUGAAAUGCUUGUGCUUAAUUUGCGUGUUGCGACUCGCGAGGCUGAGACUGCAUGUGCGCACACCUAUGCAGAAUGGGGCUAA